UUUAGCAUAGAAAAUUCAAGUGAAUGCAUGGAGAGAGCCGAAGUGUAAUAUAAAUAGGACCUCUUUUAUUGGCCAAGUGCACAUAAAAAGCAACAAUAUUCAAAGAAUUAUCUAAGAUGAUGAUGAAAAAAAAGUGGGUUUGGCUGUUGCUAACAUUAUUGACUUCGGUUGGCGAAUGGUAUGGUCGUUGUUGUGGGUGCUUGGAGGAAGAGAGAACUGGUCUCUUGGAGAUCAAAGCUUUGAUCGAUCCAAACAGCGUUCAAGGGGAAUUGAGCGACUGGAUGGACAACAAAGAGGCUAUUGGUAAUUGCUGUGAGUGGUCUGGGAUCGUAUGUGAUAACACUACAAGGCGAGUGAUCCAACUCUCUCUUAUGCGGGCAAGGGAUUUCCACUUAGGCGAUUGGGUUCUCAACGCAUCUCUGUUUCUGCCUUUUAAAGAAUUGCAGAGUCUUGAUUUGGGAGAGACUGGAUUAGUUGGUUGCUCUGAGAAUGAAGGCUUCGGAACCCUAUCAUCAAAACUGAGGAAACUGCAUGUCCUUGACCUAAGUUAUAAUAAAUUUUAUAGUGACAGCAUUUUAUCAUGUUUCACUGGGCUUUCAUCUCUCAAGUCUUUAGAUUUGUCAUGGAAUACGUUGACAGGAUCGGCUAACUUUUAUGGUCUCAACGUCUUGUCAUCAAGGUUGAAGAAACUGGAGAACCUUCACCUGAGAGGGAAUCAAUACAACGAUAGCAUUUUUUCAUCUCUAAUAGGAUUUUCAUCUCUAAAGUCUUUAGAUUUGUCAUACAACAUGUUGACAGGAUCUACAAGCAUCAACGGGACUUUCUUCAAUUCGACCACCCUUGAAGAAUUGUAUCUAGAUGGUAGUUCUCUCCCAUUAAACUUUCUCCAUGAUAUUGGAGUAUUGCCAGCUCUUAAAGAUUUGUCUGCCGGUGAAUGUGACCUCAAUGGCACCCUACCUGCUCAAGGUUUGUGUGGAUUGAAGAAUCUAGAGCAGUUAUUUCUCUAUGAAAAUAAUCUAGAGGGUUCACUCCCAGAUUGUUUCAAAAACUUGUCAUCUUUACAACUAUUAGAUGUUUCGAGAAAUCAAUUUACUGGAAAUAUUGCUUCUAGUCCUCUUACAAACCUCAUAUCCCUUGAAUUCAUCUCACUAUCAAAUAACCACUUUAAAGUUCCUAUUUCAAUGAAGCCUUUUAUGAACCACUCAAGCCUCAAGUUCUUCUCUAGUGACAACAACAGGCUAGUAACAGAACCCAUGUCCUUUCAUAAUUUGAUUCCAAAGUUCCAACUAGUCUUUUUCAGCUUGUCAAAUAGUUCAUCGGAAGCACUUAAUGUAGAAACUCCCAGCUUCCUCUAUAACCAACAUGACUUAAGAGUCCUUGAUCUCUCUCAAAACAGCUUCAUUGGAAUGUUCCCAUCUUGGUUGCUUAAGAACAAUACAAGAUUGGAGCAACUAUUUCUGAAUGAGAACUCCUUUGUUGGUGCCUUGCAAUUGCAAGGUCACCCAAAUUCAGAUAUGACCGCAAUAGAUAUAUCUAACAACAACAUGCACGGAGAAAUUCCAAAAAAUAUUUGUUUGAUCUUUUCAAAUCUGUGGACCUUAAGGAUGGCUAAGAAUGGACUCACAGGUUCUAUUCCUUCUUGUUUAGGAAAUAGUAGCUCUCUGGGAGUUUUAGAUUUAUCCAACAAUCAACUGUCUGGGGUAGAACUAGAACAGUUUAUAACAUUAACGUUUCUCAAGCUUUCAAACAACAUUUUGGGUGGGCAAUUACCUGCCUCAGUGGUCAAUUCUUCUAGACUGAAUUAUCUGUACCUAAGUGAUAACAAUUUUUGGGGUCAGAUAUCAGAUUUUCCAUCACCCAUAAGGACAAUCUGGCCUGUAUUGGAUUUGAGUAACAAUCAAUUUUCAGGCAUGCUUCCAAGGUGGUUUGUCAAUUUGACACAAAUCUUCGCAAUUGAUUUGUCCGAAAACCAUUUUCAUGGUCCAAUUCCAGUAGAAUUUUGUAAGCUUGACGAGCUUAAAUACUUGGACCUUUCUGAGAACAACUUGUUUGAUUCUAUACCAUCUUGUUUCAAUCCACCACAUAUAACCCAUGUGCAUCUAUCAAAAAAUAGAUUGAGUGGUCCAUUAACAUAUGGAUUUUAUAAUAGCUCUUCCCUUGUUACAUUGGAUCUCCGAGAUAACAACUUCACCGGCUCCAUCUCAAAUAGGAUUGGCAAUCUUUCAUCAUUGAGUGUUCUUCUUCUGAGAGCUAAUGAUUUUGACGGUGAGCUUCCUGUUCAGUUAUGCUUGUUAGAACAAUUAAGCAUUUUAGAUGUUUCACAUAAUCAGCUCUAUGGUCCCCUACCAUCUUGUUUGGGCAAUCUUACUUUCAAGGAAAGUUCUGAGAAAGCAUCAACGGAUUUCGGAUUUCAUUUUGGAUCAACACCGAUAGAAAAAGCUUAUUAUGAAUUCAGCCAAAUCAGAGCUCUCUUAGGAAGCAGUUAUAUACCCAUUACUACAGAAGAAGUGAUCGAAUUUACAGCUAAAGGUAUGUAUUAUGGUUACAAGGGAAAAAUUCUCAGCUUCAUUUCUGGUAUUGAUCUCUCCAGCAACAAAUUCUCAGGAGCAAUCCCACCAGAAUUGGGAAACUUAAGUGAGCUAUUAGCAUUAAACCUGUCACACAACAAUCUCACCGGAUCUAUCCCUGCAACAUUCUCAAACUUAAAGCAGAUAGAGAGUUUAGAUCUUUCUUACAACAACUUGAACGGUGUCAUCCCUCAAAAACUUUAUGAAAUGACCACACUAGAAGUUUUUAGUGUGGCACACAAUAACUUGUCAGGUAAAACUCCAGAGAGAAAAUAUCAGUUUGGGACCUUCGAUGAAAGCAGUUAUGAAGGAAAUCCUUUUUUGUGUGGACCUCCAUUGCGAAACAAUUGUAGUGAAGAAGAAUCACCGUCGCUGCCAAUGCCUAAUGAUGAACAAGAAGAUGAUGGUUUCAUAGACAUGAAUAUUUUCUACAUCAGUUUGGGUGUAGGUUACAUAGUUGUGGUGAUGGGGAUUGUAGCAAUUCUCUACAUCAAUCCAUAUUGGCGACUUGGGUGGUUUAACUUCAUCGACUACUGCAUAGAUACUUGCUUCUAUUUUUUGCUGGCUAGUUCUUGCAAGUUCUCCAACUUCAUAGGUAAUUCGGUCUAUUUUGCCUAGUGAAUUUGUAAUGAUUGCUGCAGAGGAGUCAGUUUUUCCCUCAAAAAUUGUUUGAUAAUCUGCUUGUGAUAAUUGUUGGUGCUGUAUGUCUAGCUAUUGGAUGCUUUAUAGUGUAUUGUCUCUCAGCUCAGCCUUUCUGUUGAUCUGAAUUUUGGUUGAGUAUAUUUAUUUGUGGGCUCCUAAGUUUGUGUUGAUAUACUUUUUGUAUUUUGUUGUUU